AUGUCCAAGUCGAACAAGUACCUCCUCGUCUCGCUCCCCACAUCCAUCACUCCCUCCCACCACCGCGACGACGCUCUCGAUGCUGUUUCUGCCACAGUAUCACCCGACAAUGGCUCCGUAGCACCCUUCCCCAUCCCAGAAUUUAAGAUCGGUACCCUCGACGCUCUGGUGCAGCAAGCCGAUGAGCUGGCGAAACUCGAAGCUUCUUGCCAAGGUGUCGUCGCCAAGGUCGGAGAUGCGUUGAAGAGCGUUCUCGAGGGAGAUGAGGGGCAGAUCGAUAAGAUGAAGACUGUCAAUGAUAAACCCGUUGAUCAGUAUCUGAGGACAUUCUCGUGGAAUAAGGUCAAGUAUCGUGCUGAUAAGCCGCUGGGGGAGUUGAUCGAUCUUCUGCAGAAGGAAGCUGCUAGUAUUGACAAUGACAUUCGGUCCAAGUACUCGCAAUACAACCAGGUGAAGAAUACGCUGGCGACUCUUCAACGCAAACAAACAGGAAACCUUUCCACGAAGUCACUCGCAUCAGUCGUUGAUCCCCGCACUCUUGUCCGCGACUCCGAAUACAUUGAAACGCACCUCGUCGCUGUUCCCGCUCAGCAAGUGAAGGAAUUCCUCAAGACAUAUGAGACCGUGGCGCCCAUGGUCGUGCCCCGAUCCGCGACCCUUGUGGCCUCGGACGACGAGUUCACGCUCUACGCCGUUACGACGUUCAAGAAGCACAGCCCGGAGUUUGUCCACCGGUGUCGUGAGCACAAAUGGAUUCCGCGCGAUUUCAAGUACGUUGAAGGUGGGAAGGAAAAAGAGAAAAAGGAGGUCGAGCGCGUUGGCGGGGACGAGCGGAAGCUCUGGGGUGAGACCCUUCGGCUUGGUCGAACAGCGUGGAGUGAGGCCGUGAUGGUUUGGAUCCAUGUGCUUGUUCUGCGGGUGUUUGUUGAGACCGUGCUGCGGUACGGUCUGCCGCUGGAUUUCGUCUGCACGAUCAUCAGGACGCAAUCCUCCAAACAUGCCGACAGGGCUAAACGGAACCUCGAUGAGAAAUACUCGUAUCUCGCCGGAAAUGCCUUUGGGCGAGACAAGAAGGGCCGGGUCAAGCGAGACGACCCUCAUGAGAUGCAGGCGGGCGCAGAAGGAGGAGGCGCCGAGUACACUGCGUAUGUGUACUACGAGUUUGAAUUCAAUUGA